GGCGAGGCCUAUGCGAGGCCGGGGAUGGUGAGGGGCGGCCCCGCGCCGCCAUGGAGCCGGAACGACAGGCGUUACCGCUGGAGAACGCCGCCAUCCUGUCCGAGGGCGCCCUGCAGGACGGGCACCGCCUCUGGAUCGGCAACCUCGACCCCAAGAUCACCGAGUACCACCUUCUCAAACUCCUUCAGAAGUUCGGCAAAGUAAAGCAAUUUGAUUUUCUCUUUCACAAGUCUGGAGCUUUGGAGGGGCAGCCGAGGGGUUACUGUUUUGUGAACUUUGAAACCAAACAGGAAGCAGAGAAGGCGAUCCAGUGUCUCAAUGGGAAGCUGGCCCUUUCCAAGAAGCUGGUGGUGCGGUGGGCGCACGCACAAGUCAAGGUAAGCCUGCUGGUAGAUAAAAAUCAGUUUGCGAAGUCAAAAAGCCGUAAUAUUAAGGAACAGCUCUUAUGAAGGCUGUCUUAGCUUGGCAAGAUACCAGUGUGUUCUAGGAAAUAGCUCUCAGGGAAGCAGCAUGAACAAUGUACCACUUCUGUUAUCCUCCUGAACUAGCUGAGUUAGCGGUGAAUGAGAAAAGGCUGUUUAACCUGAUGUUCUUUGUAAAGGUGCAUCUAAUUAGAGCUCUGGGAACUGGUUACUUCUCUAAAUUUCUGUUUUUCAACUUUUCCCAAGCUUAGUGAAUGAUUGGCUGAAAGGUUGAUUCCUUCCCUUUGUGGUUUUGCACCCUUUUUGGAUAAGAGAUGCAUGGAAAUUCCCAAUUACUAAGCACUCUGUAACUUUGUUCCACUUCUGAAAGCACUUAUCUGGCAGCAGCUAUAAUUAUUCCUGACUUGUAAAGCAAGGUGUUUCACUUCUAAAUAUCAUUUUAUUGCUUGCUCUACUGAAUAAAACAUCAGGGUUUUAAUGUUAACUUGAGUACCUUCUGGAACAUCCUUGUUUUCAUGCCUCUGAAUUCUUGUCUUGUUUCUCCUGCAGUUAUUUACUCCAGCAACUUAUAUGAAGCAACUUUGUUUGAAUAACUGUCUUUGUCGAGAGAGAUUUUUCUUGGGGGAGGCAGAGGGAGGUGCUUAUUGUUAUUUACCUUUGGGUAAUGUGAUUUUAACACACCUUGAUUAUCUUGUAAUCAACAUCCUACUCUUUUUUUUUUUUUAAUUGAGUGCAGCAGUGCAUUUUUUUAG